AACUCUGAGGCGGAAGUCCAGGUUUUGAGCCCAGCUUGACACCAGGGGCACGAGCAGAGAGAGAGCGAGCGGACAGGGAGCCCGCUGCUGCCACCUCAACAUGGAGUAGCGAGACCUCAGCCUUUUCUGCAAAGAAGCGGAUCCCACAGAGAGGAAUACGCGACGGCCUCUGUUUGACUUCAUCCGCCGCACGCCCCGCAAAUGAUACAGCGGCAAUAUUUUCUUGCAAACGCAGAGGAAAGCUCGGCUUUUAUUUGAAAGAUGGCGAACGACUCUCCAGCUAAAAGUCUAGUAGACAUAGACUUGGCUUCAUUGCGGGAUCCAGCUGGGAUAUUUGAAUUGGUGGAGGUAGUUGGAAAUGGCACCUAUGGACAAGUAUACAAGGGACGACACGUCAAGACUGGACAGCUGGCUGCCAUCAAAGUCAUGGACGUCACAGAGGAUGAAGAGGAGGAAAUUAAACUGGAGAUCAAUAUGCUGAAGAAGUAUUCCCACCACAGAAACAUAGCCACCUACUAUGGUGCUUUCAUUAAGAAGAGCCCCCCGGGACACGAUGACCAGCUAUGGUUGGUGAUGGAGUUCUGUGGAGCUGGUUCCAUCACAGACCUUGUAAAGAACACCAAGGGGAACCAGCUGAAGGAAGACUGGAUCGCCUACAUCUCCAGAGAGAUCCUCAGGGGUCUGGCCCACCUACAUGCCCACCACGUCAUCCACCGUGACAUCAAGGGCCAGAACGUCCUGUUGACGGAGAAUGCUGAAGUCAAACUAGUCGACUUUGGAGUGAGUGCUCAGCUCGAUCGGACAGUGGGGAGGAGAAACACCUUCAUCGGGACCCCUUAUUGGAUGGCCCCUGAGGUCAUUGCGUGUGACGAGAACCCAGACGCUACAUAUGACUACAGAAGUGAUCUGUGGUCUUGUGGAAUCACAGCUAUUGAGAUGGCUGAAGGAGCACCACCACUUUGUGACAUGCACCCAAUGCGUGCGCUCUUCCUCAUUCCAAGAAACCCUCCUCCCAGGCUCAAGUCUAAAAAAUGGUCCAAAAAGUUUUUCAGUUUCAUCGAGGGCUGUCUGGUGAAGAACUACACGCAGCGCCCCCCGACAGACCAGCUGCUGAAGCACCCCUUCAUCCGAGACCAGCCCAACGAGAGGCAAGUCCGCAUCCAGCUCAAAGACCACAUCGACCGCACCAAGAAGAAGAGAGGAGAGAAGGAUGAGACGGAGUACGAAUACAGUGGCAGUGAGGAGGAGGAGGAGGAUCCCCCAGAGCAGGAGGGAGAGCCCAGCUCCAUUGUCAAUGUGCCGGGUGAGUCAACGCUGCGGCGCGACUUCAUCCGCCUACAACAGGAGAACAAGGAGCGUUCGGAGGCGCUGCGCCGACAGCAGCUCCUCCAGGAGCAGCAGCUCCGGGAGCAGGAGGAGUACAAGCGCCAACUACUGGCCGAGAGGCAGAAACGCAUUGAGCAACAGAAGGAACAGAGGAGGCGGCUGGAGGAGCAACAGCGCCGUGAACGGGAGAUGAGGAGGCAGCAGGAGCGUGAGCAGCGUCGCCGUGAGCAAGAGGACAAGAGGCGUAUCGAAGAGAUGGAUCGUAGACGUAAAGAAGAGGAGGAACGCCGGCGGGCUGAUGACGAGAAGAGAAGGAACGAUCGUGAACAGGAGUACAUCAGACGUCAGCUGGAGGAGGAGCAGAGACACCUGGAGAUGCUGCAGGAGCAGCUGCUCCGUGAACAGGCCAUGCUGCUGGAGUUCAAGUGGCGGGAGCUCGAGGAGCAACGCAAGGCCGAGCGACUCCAUAAGCGCCUGCAGCAGGAGCAGGCCUACCUGCUGUCGCUCCAGCACGAACCCAAACAGCCGCCUGGCGACAAGACCAAACUCCCCUCAGACCAUAGCAAACCUCCACAGACCUCCACCCUGCCCCCGGCCAGACUCCUCACUGCAACCCCUCAAGCUCAGGUCCUAGACAGUGCUGUUUCCUCCAAAGCCCUUCAGACAGUCCCCUCAGACAGCCCUAAGUCCCAGAUAGCAGUGCCAGAGAAGACUGACUGUCCCAGCCAGCUCUCAAACACCCCCAACACCCCUCAGACUGAAGCCCCCACUGACUCUGAACCUCCCCAGCCCGAAAGUUUGGAGCCCGAUAAGCCUGCAGAGUCUCUCAGUCUUCCUCCUCAGCCUAUCAGAGAGGCCGACGAGCGGUACCGUAAGAACAUUCAGGGCUCCCCUCAGAUUGCCCCUCCUCCCAAGCAGCCCCCUCUGCCUCCCCGCUCCUCUGAACCGUUCUCCAAUGGCAGCUCCUCCUCCGAGGCCUCCGCCAUGCACCGGCCCAUGGAGCCUCAGGUCCAGUGGUCCCACCUGGCUGCUCUAAAAAGCAGCAACAGCGCCGCCCCCUCUCCUCCUCCUCCUCCUCCUCCGCCCGUGGUCUCUCGCUCCCAGUCCUUCAGCGAGCCCGGUGGCGUGACCUCUAACUUUGCACACCUCCACCUGCGUUCCCAGGACCCCCACCAUCACCAACACCCAUCGCCCGCACGCACUGACCCCCAGCCCCAACCUCCCCUCCACCACCCUCAGGCCAUUACUAGGGCCGAACACCAGGCCAGCGGCGAGGAGGUACCUCCCAAGGUCCCAGUAAGGACAACAUCCAGGUCUCCGGUACUGUCGCGCCGAGAGUCCCCUCUGCCGUCACAGCCCGGCAACCAGGGUGUACAGAGGAGCGCUGGAGGUAAUGUGGAGCAGCGGCCGCUGUGGGACCGGGUGGAGAAGCUGCAGCCUCGGCCAGGCAGCGGCAGCUCCUCCGGCUCCUCCAACUCCAGCUCCCAGGCCAGUCCUGGUGACCGCUUUAGGCCACGCUGUGAGUCCCCUGCUUCCUCCAAAUCUGAAGGAUCGCCUCUCCAGCGGCCUGAAAAUAUUCCCAAAAAACAAGAUGAAAAGAACCUUGCCAGGCCCACUCGACCAGCUGAUCUGACAGCUCUGGCCAAGGAGCUUCGCGCGGUAGACGACGUGAGGCCUCCCCACAAGGUCACCGACUAUUCCUCCUCAAGCGAGGACUCAGGCACCACGGACGAGGAAGACGAUGAGGAGGUGGACCAGGAGGCGGGAGAGGAGUCCACUUCGGGAGCUGAGGACUCUAGGGCUGGAUAUUCCCAUGGCUUCCGCAGGCGGCUGAGUAACGGGGAGACGGAGUCGGCUAAGACCAUGCUGGUGGAAGACUCUGAGAGCGACCAAGCCAACACGCCCUCCAAGGAUGGCACGCUGGUCAUCAGACAGAGCACCGUUGACAUAAAGCGGUUGGUCAAUCUCUCCUCUCCCUCGGCUGGCCUUGGUCACGUCCACCCCCAACCCCCCAGCCACGGCCUCGCCGAGAAAAACGGCUUUGCCGGCCGCAUACACCACCUACCAGACCUUAUCCAGCAGAGCCAUCACUCCCCUUCCUCUUCCACAACCAUCCCUUCCUCCACCUCCUCCUCCUCUUCCUCCUUCCCCUCAUCAUCUAGCUAUGCCAGUCCUGCCAUGUCCCCACAGAACCCCCUGGACGAGCUCAUUGCCAUAGAGUCCCAGUCAGAAAGCAACUCCAUGUCCAAACACAAGUCUUCCUCCUCCUUCACUCCGUUCAUCGACCCUCGUCUUCUCCAGGUCUCUCCAUCCAGCGGCAGCUCCCUCAACAACAUGGCAGCGUUUGGGCCGGACGGACGGCUUGCAGACCCGCUGAGAUCCGACCCGUCCCGUAAAGGCUCAGUGGUCAACGUCAACCCGGUCAACACGCGCCCACCGAGCGACACUCCGGAGAUUCGCAAGUACAAGAAGAGGUUCAACUCUGAGAUCCUGUGUGCUGCACUCUGGGGAGUGAACUUGCUGGUCGGAACAGAGAGCGGUCUGAUGCUGCUGGACCGGAGCGGUCAGGGGAAGGUCUACCCUCUGAUCAACAGGCGACGCAUCCAGCAGAUGGACGUCCUGGAGGGACUCAACGUCCUGGUCACCAUAUCAGGUAAAAAGAACAAGCUGCGAGUGUAUUACCUGUCGUGGCUGAGAAACAAGAUUUUGCACAACGACCCCGAGGUGGAGAAGAAGCAGGGUUGGGUUAAUGUGGGCGACCUGGAGGGUUGCGUCCACUACAAAGUCGUGAAAUAUGAGAGGAUUAAGUUCUUGGUGCUGGCCUUGAAGAACGCUGUGGAGGUGUACGCCUGGGCACCCAAACCCUACCACAAAUUCAUGGCCUUUAAGUCUUUUGGUGAUCUGGUGCACAAGCCUCUGCUGGUUGACCUGACGGUGGAGGAAGGUCAGAGGUUAAAGGUCAUCUAUGGCUCCUGUUCAGGCUUCCAUGCUGUGGAUGUGGACUCCGGUGCCGUCUACGACAUCUACCUGCCCACACAUAUCCAGACCAGCAUUCAGUGCCAUGCCAUCAUCAUCUUGCCCAACACUGACGGCAUCGAGCUGCUGGUGUGCUACGAGGACGAGGGCGUCUACGUCAACACCUACGGGCGCAUCACCAAGGACGUGGUGCUGCAGUGGGGAGAAAUGCCAACUUCAGUGGCCUACAUUAGGUCAAACCAGAUCAUGGGCUGGGGUGAGAAGGCCAUAGAGAUCCGCUCAGUGGAGACGGGCCACCUGGACGGCGUCUUCAUGCACAAGAGAGCCCAGAGACUCAAGUUCCUUUGUGAGAGGAAUGACAAGGUCUUCUUCGCCUCUGUGCGCGCUGGAGGUGCCAGCCAGGUGUACUUCAUGACCCUGGGACGCACUUCCCUCAUGAGCUGGUAGUCGACAUCCCACCACCCCAGCCGACACGACGACCAUACCUAAGCAGUGACCAACAGAUGACGAUUGUGACUAUGACCGACGACGAUGAAGAAGCCUCGAGCGUCUCGAUGGAGGGAACAGCUUCCUCUCGGGGCAAAAACAAACAACGGAUUGGACUGUAAUCAUGAAAAAGAAGCUAGGCACGGCCGUGUGUGUGGGGGCGAGGAGGUGCGUUCUGUUAGUGUCCACUGAGUGUACUAGUAAACUAUAUUACGACAACAGGAACCCCCCUCCCCACAAGCCUCCAGGUUUUUUCCUCACCCAACCUUUUGAGCCGAUCCCCUCCUCCCAUUCCUCUGAGGGACGCGGGAUCUGUUGCCUGUUGAUGGUAAAUCUUUAUGUGUCAUAGUAAAACUUUGCAUCGUGUAUGUGUGUGAAUGGAGCAAACACUGAGCAUGUGAAUGACUGAAGGGACGAUUAGAGGCUAAAACGCGGCUGUCACUGUAUCAAAGAAGGCGAAUACUUUAUGUGCCACACCUCGAGUGUAGCCGUUUGUAGCCGUAGUUUAGUCCGGGUCCUGUUCAGGUGAAAUUAACUCCCUAUUCCCACCACGGUAGAUUUCCACGUCAAGCAUGCCAUUUCACACGAGUUCACAGCCACAUAGAUAACGCUUGACAUGCAAAUCUGCCUCUGUAUCUUCACUUUUUUUGCCUUCUCUUCCUUAAAGUGAAGAUUUUUUUAAGGGACCUUCUUGAUAUAUCCAUUAAAUACAGGGUACUGGAUAUCAGCUUGUACAUACUAACUACAUCUACCUUGUAGGCUUCUGACUCUCCCAGGUUUUACAGACACUAUCUCAACUUUUACCACAUUGCCUCACAUAUUGUAGGUUAUGUCGGGACAGAAGUAGCCCUGUUUAUGACAGCAUGUUGCUUUGGUGUUAUCGACUAAAUUUAGCUCCAGUUUUUCCAUACACUGUAUAUUUUGUAUGCGAGUUGCUGCACAUAAAUAAGGCAUAAGGAAUGCAGGACACACCCAUAGAUGAGUUUUAAAGGAAAAAUCCACCCUUUUUUGUCAUCAAGCUGUCAUUUUUAGAGAUUCCAAGUUGUGAUUUGCUUCUUCGGUCAACCAGCUUUGUCAGUUUGCUCAUUUUCACAUCUACUAGAAACAUGAAAACGAAACAAACGUGAGCUGCAUUAGCGGGUGGAUUUCCCCUUUAACAUCAGUCACAAGUAGGGCUAGGAUAAACUGUGAAUUAGACAUGCAGAAUUAGCAGGUGGCCAUUGAGGUAGCAUUGAGGCCAGUGGGCAGAAGUGACGGUAAGGGAAUGAAGGCAGUGUGCAUAGAUCCAGAGAGCUGAGAAGAAGCUUUGAACAUCACACUCCACUAAUGGGGAGGAUUCACAUCGACAUCAUCCAACUGUAUUUUAAAGGAGACUUUAGCUUAAUGUGUAGCUAAACGGUUGCCUUAUAAGGGUCUUCAGCUGAUUUAAAAACUGCUCAAAAUCAUCUGCAGGUUUUGACGAGUUAAAAGUGAAGUUUGGAAUUCAUGUACUGUAGGAACACUUGAGUCUGAAUCAGCCAUUUGAUUCAAUAUUGGACCUCCUUUUUUUUUUUGGCCAUUUUUGGCUUCAGACAGGCGAUUAGUUAGUUUUCUCAGUCCAGUCUGGAUUGAAGAGGCAAAUACUUUUAACUGGAUCAUUUUUCCAUCCCAGAAGGGAAUUUCCUUCAUUUCACAAUUCUUCCUCUCAUCCUCUUUUAACCCAAAUGACAAGGAAAGACUUUGUCGCUUCAUUUUAGACAGCCUCAUAACCACUGUUAAAAUAUAGUCCAUCCUGCAGCUGUGUGUUUGUAUGAAUGAGAAAACUAUAUUAUGGGACUUUCACCCCCCCCUCCCGCCUAAACUUUGAAUCUUUGACCCUGCUCUCAGUAAUAGUGGUGCCUUCACUGUCCAAGGUGGGACCUGCUGAGAGCUGCAGAACAUGGGAAUGAGAUGCUUUCACUGUCCUGAUCAUCUGUGAAAAGCAAAGAAAGUCACGUUCUAAUAGCAGUGUUACAAAACCACUUCAGACGGCGUGAACUAAGCGGCAUAUUUUUAACUCUGACUUAGUUUUUAGUCUUGUUUCUGCAAUUUUUAUUAUGUAAUCCUUCAGAUAAGUAUGCGACUGCAGUGGUUUUUAAAUUGUAAUGCACACCUUAUGUUGAAAAUGUUUACAGAAGCAAUUGUUUUGUUAAACCAAUGUGCAUCAAUAUGAAUAUUUAUGGUUUAUUUUGAGGGCAGUUUUUCCCUGUUUUGUAUUUUGUAUUAUUCCCUUUUUGUACUAUCAUUUAGACGUUUGUGUACAGGAAUAAUCAACUUUUGCUCACGUUAUGAAUUACACAAGUCUAGAGUGUGAUUUCACUGAUUCCUCUUCAUCCUGCAUAGUGUGCACAGUGUGCCCCUGGCUGUGUGGCAGUGUGGAUCAAAUGUUUUCUACCACCCAGGUGCCAGGUGACAUGUUCCCCCUCAAGCGUCUCUCUCUGCCAUGCCUCUCUAAUUUAUGUCCUCUCUGUGUGUACUAUGGGAAUUACUGUAUUUUCCUGAAGGUCUUUUUUUCCAUUGAAUAA